AUGUCCGAACCAAAGACCGGAGAAUUACAUGUCGAGAAUCCAGUCGAAGCGACUCGGAAUGAUGUCGAUACCGAUGUCGAACUCGAUGCCAUCAGCAAGCCGACCGCUGGUAGUGGUCUCGACGCGAUUCAUGAGGACUUGGCUGUUGGAUACAAAGAGUAUCGAGAGGCUCUAGAAGUCGAGGUCAGCCAGCGUGAUGACCGUCGACUCCGAUGGAAGAUCGACCUCGUCAUCCUCCCCAUCUUCCUUUUCACCCAAAUGCUCCAGUUCAUGGACAAGACGGCACUCAACUACGCCAACCUGUUCGGGUAUCAGAAAGCGCUGGGCCUCAAGGGAACCCAGUUCAAUUAUCUUUCUGCCAUGGUCUACGCCGGAUAUUUCUUCGGACAGUACCCCUGCGGUUGGUUGAUCGGUCGAUACCCAGCACAGCGAGUCAUGGCCAUCUCGUGUCUGAUGUGGGGGUUGAUGGUCCUCAUCCUUACACAAUGUCGAUCGUACUCUUCGGCCAUGGCGGUUCGCUUCUUCAUGGGCAUCUUCGAAGCCGCCGUCACCCCUGGUCUCACGCUGAUGACUGGGUUUUGGUACAAGAGAAAGGAGAUCCCUCUCCGACAGUGCAUCUGGUACAGUGCGCUCGGAUUCGGAGGCAUCGCAGGUAGUUAUAUUUCAUUUGGGGUGUCGAAACUUCCAGGGGACCUCACCCCCGAACGUUGGGAACUGAUCUUUUACAUCCUCGGCGGCGCCACCAUGCUGUGGUCUUUUGUCUUGUGGUUUGUGCUUCCGGACACACCCUCCAACGCCCGAUGGCUCAGUCCGCACGAACGGGUCGUCGCCGUGAAACGAGUCGCGGGCAAUCAACUCGGCAUCAAGAACAAGUCAUUCAACAAACAACAAGCAAUACUGGCAUUUUACGACCCGAAAUCGAUUUUGGUCUUUAUCGCCGUUUUUGCCGCUGCCAUACCGAACGGUGUGGUCAACUCCUUCUCCACCAUCAUCAUCAAAGACCUGGGCUUCUCGACCACAAAGACCACGGAGGGGACCAUCACCCUGACGGUACCAAACUCUCGCCUACUGACCGCCACGGCCGCCAACAUCCUCUGCACCGUGGCCGCUGCACUCAUGGCCUACCUCCCUCGUCACAACACCUGGGGUCGACUGGUUUGUUUUUGGCUAGUCAACGCUCAAUCCGUCGGCUUCACCAUUUCCCUCGUCACCAUAAACAGCAACAUGGCAGGCUACACGCAUCGAAGUUUCGCCAGCGCAUUGACCUUUACGGCCUACUGUUGGGGCAACUUUGCUGGGCCAUUCGUGGUCGAGCCAAGUCAAGCACCUGAGUACCGUGGCGCCACCAUCGGAUUACUUGUUGGGUACGCCAUUAAAUUCGGAUGUCAUUUACUCUUACUCGCUUACAUGUUCUUGAGCAACAAACGUCGUGAUCAGAAGUACGGUAUGGCCGACAAGGCAGCGAGUAAUGAGGCAGGUAUGCAAGACAAGACUGAAUACGAGAACAAGAAUUUCAGAUAUGUCUUGUGA